AUGUCAGACUCAGCGUCGUUUAUGCCCCACGGUUCUUCUCCGCUGACUGCUUCAUUUACCUGCAAUACAUGCGGAAUUAGGUUCCCUACCGCCGAACUCCAGAGGCAACAUAUGAAAACUGAAUGGCACAGAUACAACUUGAAGAGAAGGGUUGCUCAACUUCCAGCGAUUUCAUCUGACACCUUUGCUGACUUAGUCCUCUCAAGACAGACGUUGGAGCAGGACAAAUUUGCAGAUGAAGAUGAAUAUGGAUUUGCCAUCAACAACAGAAAGACGAAAUCUGGAAUGAGGCAAUUGACAAAGAAAGAUUUAAAGAGACAACAAAAGAGAGGUAGACCUCUGGGUAUUUCUGCUGAUUUUGGUGAAAGAGAUCCAUCGUUAGCGCCAUCUGUAGAGUCAGUUCAUUCGGAAUUUUCAGAAUUCUCCAUUGGUGAAGACCAGCAUUCGAUCGAGAGGAAGUCAACAGUUUAUUCUGAAGAUGAAACUUCAUCGGAGUACAAUUUCACUGACAAGCUGCAUACCGACUUAGAAUUCAGUGACGAAGAAAGUGAUGAGGAAAGUGAUAUUUCCGAUUCCGAAUCCUACGAUGAACUUAAGGAGGAGGUCACCGCAACAACAUGCUUUUACUGUGGCCUGAAGCAUACAGAAAGAGAAGAAAACAUCAGGCACAUGUACCAAAAGCACGGUUUGUAUAUACCCGAGAGGUCAUAUUUGGUUGACCCUGAUGGGCUUUUGGUAUUUUUAGGAGGGGUCAUCAUGGAGGACCACGAGUGCUUGAGUUGCGGAUUCUUGGGAAAGAACUUGGAGAGUAUUAGACAGCAUAUGAGAUCUAAGGGACAUUGUAAGGUUCCUUAUGAGACUAAGGAAGAGAAGGCCAUGCUCAGCGAGUUUUACAAUUUCAAUAUUGAACAAAGUAGCCCCAAGUCUGGCAAUGGCAAGAAAAAGGCCGUUGCUUUCGAUGAAGGGUUUGAAAUCAUAGAGGGUGCCGAAACCACAGAGGAUGGAUCUGGAGAAGAGGACUCUGAGGGGUCUGAGGAGUAUGGAGAUGGCAACUACUCAAUAGUCCAAAUCGAUCCAAGUGGUGUGGAGCUCACAUUACCUACCGGAUCGAAGAUCGGGCACAGAUCUAUGACCAGGUACUACCGCCAGAACUUAGCAUUGCCAAGAGACCUCAAUGAGUCCGAGAAGACAGUGUCGAUCUCAGACAGGAGAUUUGCACCUGGAUUAACACUGACUGAAAUUACGAAGCAGGAGAAGUUUACCAGGAGAGUUGAACAGAGAUCAAAGAACCAUUUCUACAGGAAGGAUAAGAAGAGUCAAAUUAACUUCCAACCACACUUUAGAGACGAGAUGUUGGGACCAAUGUAG